GGGCUCUAAUCCAUGCAGAGAAAACAAUAACACACAGCAUAGUUUGAUAUCUCUCUCUCUGUCUCCUCUCAACUCGAAAACAUGAACACUUUUACCUCAAACUCUUCGGAUCUCACUUCCACUACAACUCAAACGUCUCCGUUUAGCAAUAUGUAUCUCCUCACAACGCUUCAGGCCUUUUUGGCUAUAACCUUAGUGAUGCUUCUCAAGAAAGUAUUCAUCACGGAUAAAAAGAAACCGUCUCUCCCGCCAGGGCCCACCGGAUGGCCGAUCAUCGGAAUGGUUCCAACGAUGCUAAAGAGCCGUCCCGUUUUCCGGUGGCUCCACAGCAUCAUGAAGCAGCUAAACACCGAGAUAGCCUGCGUGAGGCUAGGAAGCACUCACGUGAUCACCGUUACCUGCCCCAAGAUAGCACGUGAGAUACUCAAGCAACAAGACGCUCUAUUCGCCUCAAGACCUAUGACUUACGCACAGAAUGUCCUCUCUAACGGAUACAAAACUUGCGUGAUCACUCCCUUCGGUGAACAAUUCAAGAAAAUGAGGAAAGUCGUGAUGACCGAACUCGUUUGUCCCGCGAGACACAGGUGGCUACAUCAGAAGAGAACUGAAGAGAACGAUCAUUUAACCGCUUGGGUAUACAACAUGGUUAAGAACUCUGGCUCGGUCGAUUUCCGGUUCGUGACAAGGCAUUACUGCGGAAACGCUAUUAAGAAGCUCAUGUUCGGGACAAGAACGUUCUCUGAAAACACUGCACCCGACGGUGGACCAACCGCAGAGGAUAUCGAGCAUAUGGAAGCUAUGUUCGAAGCAUUAGGGUUUACUUUCUCCUUCUGUAUCUCUGAUUAUCUACCUAUGCUCACGGGACUUGAUCUUAACGGCCACGAGAAGAUCAUGAGAGACUCAAGUGCUAUUAUGGACAAGUAUCACGAUCCGAUCAUUGACGCAAGGAUCAAGAUGUGGAGAGAAGGAAAGAUAACUCAAAUCGAGGAUUUUCUUGACAUUUUCAUUUCCAUCAAGGAUGAACAAGGCAACCCCUUGCUUACCGCCGAUGAGAUCAAGCCCACCAUUAAGGAGCUUGUUAUGGCGGCGCCAGAUAAUCCAUCAAACGCCGUAGAAUGGGCCAUGGCGGAGAUGGUGAACAAACCUGAGAUUCUCCGCAAAGCAAUGGAAGAAAUCGACAGAGUUGUAGGAAAAGAAAGACUUGUCCAAGAAUCCGACAUCUCAAAACUAAACUACGUCAAAGCUAUUCUCCGUGAAGCUUUCCGUCUCCAUCCCGUCGCCGCCUUUAACCUCCCACACGUGGCGCUUUCCGACGCAACCGUCGCCGGAUACCACAUCCCCAAAGGAAGUCAAGUCCUUCUUAGCCGAUAUGGGCUGGGCCGUAACCCGAAAGUUUGGGCCGACCCACUGAGCUUUAAACCGGAGAGACAUCUCAACGAAUGCUCGGAAGUUACUUUGACGGAGAACGAUCUCCGGUUUAUAUCGUUUAGUACCGGGAAAAGAGGUUGUGCUGCUCCGGCCUUAGGUACGGCGCUGACCACGAUGUUGCUUGCGAGACUUCUACAAGGUUUCACUUGGAAGCUGCCGGAGAAUGAGACGCGUGUUGAGCUGAUGGAGUCUAGUCAUGAUAUGUUUUUGGCUAAACCAUUGGUUAUGGUCGGUGAGUUGAGACUACCGGAGCAUCUUUACCCGACGGUGAAGUGAGAGAUGUCGUAUAUAUUUUUAUUAAAUAACUUCUACGUACUUAUGUAAUUAACCACAAAGUUUGGUCUAUGUCCGGUUACCAGAAGAUAAUCGGUCAAUAUGUGAACAGACUUGUGCUUGGUUUUUUGUUAUUUUCGGGUACACUUGAAUUGUGUGCCUUUUCUUUUCUUUUAAUUUCAAUAAAACUUUGUUCUUUUCUA